UUAAAAAGGCCCUUUUUUUCUUCUCAAAGUUCCCGUUUUAGACCAGCAUCAGCCGAUUCGACACGACACUGGUAACACGUAGCUGUUCCCGCCAAGACGCGAAAGUGUUUGUUCAUUGCCGCUGGAGGAAGAUAGCUGGACUGACCCGGGAAACUGAAGUUGUUGAAUAUCCACGAGUCAUGGAUAAGCGCCAUUACGUUUUUUGCCAGUGACACGCAUUUGAUUAUGGUGUGACUAGUGUUACUAGUAAACUGAAGUAGCCAUUAAGUGUUUGGAACACCUGCUGAGCCUGUUGCCCGGGAACUGUGGUUGCCUUUGUGAACUAUUUGCACAAUGGUCCAGCUGAGAGAGAACUUACAGGAGCUUUAUGACAAUGUUAAAAAGCUCCUUUUAAGAGUAACCUGUUAAACCUAUACUUCUCAUUAGGGCUUAGUGUUCAAAGUAUUAAUCUUAUUUUUAUGAAUCAGGUCCUGGAAAAAGCCAAGAUACUUGAAUGAAGUAUACACAGUUGAAAACUCAGAUGCUACCCCUUUUAAUUUUAUUGUGUUAUAAAUGGAAUGGCAAGUGUUCUCAGGUAUAAGGUUUGUAGUUUGCCCAUAUAUUCAUUACCAGAACUUUAGAUUCCCAUCAAGUUAGUGGAUUUUUUGUUACCUUUUUUUUUCUCAGCAAAGUAAUUCCAUCAAAAAUUUUUGUAACGAGACUGUCAAUUUACUCAAGAUUAGUGCUUCUUUAAUGAUCAAAAUCAUUUUGCCAUGUUAGAAGACACUUUUUUGGAAGAAGACAUCUGGGAAUACAAAUCCAAAAGAAAACCAAAGGCAGUACAUUCAAAUAAUUGCUCUGAGAAUAUUCCAGAAUCUGUUGAAAAAGUAACAGAUGAACAAAAGCAGUCAAAACGAAAGAGAAAGAAAAAAAGAACUGUGGAAGCCAAAAAGAAGGUGAAGGCUCCUGAAGUGUGCCUUGGAGAAACAGACAGUCAGACUUCUGUAGCUUCUAGUCAGAACUCUAGCUGUGGAGAUGGUACUCAGCAGUGUCAAGACAGGGAGGCCACUCCAGGAAAGCACUGUAGGACUCCCAAAAACAAACAUGUGUCUCCAAAGAUACGACCAGUUUAUGAAGGGUACUGUCCAAACUGCCAGAUGCCUUUUUCCUCCUUGCUAGGUCAGACACCUCGAUGGCAUGUUUUUGAGUGUUUGGAUUCCACACCAGUCUCUGAAACAGAGUGUCCUGAUGGUCUUCAGUGUUCCUCAACAAUUCCUUCUCAUUACAAGAAAUACACUCACCUCCUGCUAGCUCGAAGCAGGGCUAGCAAUAGUCCUUUCCGGGGUCUAUCCCAUGAGUCAGGUGGGAGUUUCAAUGAGAUUAAUUCAGGCUUUCUUUGUAGCCAUAAGGAAAGAUGGUCUCCAUGUCAGAAACAAACAGAAAACUUUAAAAAUAUUUCAACUGAUCCCUUGUUAGUGACACAAUGUCUAAGAAAAUCUCAGUCUCCAACUGAAACUGAUAAAAAAAUUUCCUCUUUGACAAAUAUCCAAACUUUUCAACAAGCUUCGCAAUUUACAGAACUUGUUAAUAAUGGCAAACUGGUAGGAGCUGGUUUGCCUCUUGCUGAGGAAUUAAAGAGUCAAAACGACCCAGAACAUAUAAAUUUGCCAUUGCCAGAAAAUGACUUUAGCAACUGUGAGAUCUCCUAUUCUCCACUUCAAAGUGAUGAAGACACUUAUGAUACAGAUGACAAGCUGGAUGAUUCACAAGAACUGUUUUUUAUGGAAAGCUCUAAAGAUGGCAGCCUAGAAGAAGAUGACUGUAGCUCCACUUUGUUUACAAAACUCCACGACCCCUUGCUGAAGGACCAGGAGAAGAGCUGCCUGAAAGUGGACAGCUUCUUAACUCAGGACAAGUACAAUGAAGAACUGUAUGAAUGCAGCACUCCCUAUGAUUCACCUCAACUUACUUUCCAAAAUAAGAGUAUUGUUUCACCCAAUGAUCCCGCAUGUACUGAUGAUAAUUUUAUGUUGUUUCCACCUGCAUUAGCAGAGAGGUUUGCUUCUCCUAGUUACCAAGGCAAUACAGCAAAACCUGAUGAGCCAGGACUUCACUCACCUCAGUCAAAUAAAGAGAAACAGGUAACUGAAGAAUCUGCUGUUUACAACCAAACUUCUCUUCCGUUACCUAAGAGUAAAAUGUCAAAAACUUUUGAAAGCCAGGGAGGAGGGUGUCAUUCUUUGCACCCAACCCAAAGUAAAACUAGAGAAUUACCAAGUAAGAAUUUCAGUGCUAAGGACAAUACGAACUCAGCAUGUUUCUGCAGAAAGGCGUUAGAUGGUAUGCUAGGCAGUAAAGUUCCAGCUUUAAAUACAGAGACAUUUUCUAGUACACCUACUGCUGCUGAGUCUUUGAAAAUAUUGCCAUCUGGCCCUAAGUGUAAUGCAACACAACUUUCUCCUAAGGUAAUGAAGCAAAUGGAUAUAGGUGUGUAUUUUGGAUUACCACCCAGAAGAAAAGCAGAGAAAUCUCUGGAAGAAAGUGUGUUAGAAGGGAUGAACGUAAAUACAGUUGUAAGUCCUAAUGAAAAGACAUCCCGGCAGUGCAAGAGGAAAGCAGAAAAAUCUUUAAGUGACUUAGAAGUAGAGGCAAAGAAUUUAAGUGAGAGUCAGCCCUCUGUGGAACUUUCCAGUAAGAGGUCCCAGCAUCAACGAAAGAGACUUAAAAAGUCAGAUUCACCGCAGGAAGGAGUACAUCAGAAGAGUUCAGGUCACCUUAGCAAGACACAACCUGGAACAGUCAAUUUAAGUAAAGACAAAGUCUUCAUAAAAUCGGCGCAUGGCAGGAUUCAGAGAGGGAACAUGAAAACCCCAGAGUCAUCUAAUACGAGAGAAUUACGGAAAAGGACAUGUCCAUUCUAUAAGAAAAUACCUGGAACUGGCUUUACAGUCGAUGCCUUUCAGUAUGGAUUGGUUGAAGGUUGCACAGCCUAUUUUCUCACACAUUUCCAUUCUGAUCAUUAUGCUGGAUUGUCUAAAAACUUCACAUUUCCCAUUUAUUGUAGUGAGAUAACUGGCAAUUUGUUGAAGAGCAAACUUCAUGUGCAAGAACAAUAUAUCCAUCCAUUGCCAAUAGACAGUGAAUGUACAGUGAACGGUGUCAAGGUUGUUUUGCUAGAUGCCAAUCAUUGUCCAGGUGCUGUCAUGAUCCUUUUUUAUCUUCCUAAUGGUCAUGUCAUGCUACACACCGGAGACUUCAGAGCAGAUCCCACCAUGGAACGUUCUCUUCUUGCAGGCCAGAAAGUCCACACACUUUACUUAGAUACAACAUAUUGCAGCCCAGAAUACUCUUUUCCGUCUCAGCAAGAGGUUAUCCAGUUUGCCAUCAACACUGCCUUUGAGACUGUAACUCUAAACCCACGUGCUCUUGUUGUCUGUGGCACGUAUUCUAUUGGAAAAGAGAAGGUCUUCCUAGCCAUUGCUGAUGUUUUAGGUUCAAAAGUGGGCAUGUCCAAAGAAAAAUAUAACACAUUGCAGUGCUUUAAUAUACCAGAAGUGAAGUCCCUCAUCACUACAGACAUGUGCAAUUCACUGGUUCACCUUCUCCCAAUGAUGCAAAUUAAUUUUAAGGGUUUACAGAACCAUUUGAAGAAGUGUGGUGGGAAAUAUGAUCAGAUUUUGGCUUUUCGACCUACAGGAUGGACGCAUUCUAACAAGUUAACUAGUAUGGCUGAUAUUACUCCCCAGAGGAGAGGAAACAUUUCAAUAUAUGGGAUUCCUUAUAGUGAGCACAGUAGCUACCUAGAGAUGAAACGUUUUGUUCAAUGGCUGAAGCCCCAGAAAAUCAUACCUACCGUGAAUGUUGGCACCUUGAAAUCUAGGCGCACAAUGGAGAGAUAUUUUGAAGAGUGGAGAUUGGAAGCUGGAUAUUGAUGUUACCUCAAAGAACUCAGAAGUAUGACAGUAAUUGAACAUUUGACUCUGAAGAAGAUGACUCAAAGAGCCUAGAUAAUUAUCAAGUAAAGGAUGGAGAAAAGUUUGCGUGAAUAGUGUUCAUCUGAACUGUUUACUCAAGAUAUCCGAUAACUAAAAGUUUAGAUUGCAGUUUUUUUUUAAAGUGAGAUUAUGUAAUUUAUUUUGAAUCUUGAUGUCUCCAACAGAGAUUAAGUAACUGAUCCAAAAUGAAAAUUUGGGGCAAUGCAUGUUAAAAAUGUUUUUAUGGGGUUUAAAUAAGGAAACGGCUAGUGUAAUAAAUGUGUGCAUGUGUUUAUAUGUGUAUUCUUGCAUUGCCUCUAACAAUGAAAUUAAUUUAGAGCUUCCUUAAUAAAUGUUUUAAUGGGAAGUUUUCUGUGACGAUUUCAGUCACCAGAAGGAUAGUACUCUCCAUGAACUUUAUUUUCAUAAACUUGGAUUUUACUUUGUAAUGGAGAUAAGGGUUUGUAGGAAUCAUGUUUAGGGGAGGAAAAGCUUUGGGGCCCCAAUAGUAAUAAAUCCAGUGUAACUGUGUUCUCAGUUGACUUCAAUUACAUAUUUAAAAUAUUUUGACUUCUCUGGGCUUAGUAUUUUAAACUUUUUAUAAAUCAUUAAUUGAGUUAUAAUUAGAAAAACUAUAUAUAGUCUACAAAUAUAGGUAUUUUUAACAUAAGGGAGAUGGCCAAAUCAUUUAAGGUAAUUUUUUUUAUUAUUUGAGUAAUAGUUUUUUCUAGAAUUGUCAUUUUUCUUUGACAAAAAGAUUUUUCAUGAUUUUGAGUGUUUACUUUGGAAAUCCAAGCAUGUUAUUUAAAAGCAGCUUCAGCCAUCUUAUUUUUGAAUGCAAAAACAUUUUUCUAUACAAUUAGCACCAUUUAUAGCAGCUUGGAAUGAUUUUGUUUUGCUGUUUUGCAGAACAUGCAAAACCUCGUUUAGAGACCAUCCCAAAUAUGGGAUUUAUUUUAAAAAUAAGUCGCAACAACCAGAUUUUUCAAGGCUCUGUUGAGAACUGUAUAUGAAAUUCUUAGUUCCAAUAACCUAACACUUUGGUAGGUAAAAAUUUUAGAUUUUAAAACAAAACAAAGGGAGAAAACAAUCUACAAUCAACCCAAAAUAAACGGAUGGCAGCUCUUGAACAUCCUUAACAUGUAUAGAGAAGGAGAAAGAGAAUUAAGCCAACAGAGGGGAAAAUGCUUUACUAUACAUCACAUGUACUUGGAACUCUUCAGAAAGCUCCUUUACACUCUUACCUGACAUUGAACAUCGAUUUACCAGAUGCAGUGACACUUGACAGGCUGUUUUCAAGUUCUCAUGACUUUGAUUUAAUAGGAAAAUCUUUUCCACUUGAUGCCAAUACCUUUUAUUUCUAAGUUAUUUAUCACUUACCCUGUAUUUAUUAAUGUACCUAAAUAAGAAACUGGUUUUCAGAAAAACUAAUAUAAAUUACUGCUUUAUUCAGUUAUUGAGUUAUAUUCCUGUGAACCAAAUGCACUCGGAAUUUCCUUAUUUGGUCCUGAAUAAUCAUCUCUACUAGACUAGAGAACUCCAAGUACUAAUACCCAAAAUUAUCUGUCUUGAAAGACUAUUGAUAUUGCCUUAUAAAUUUUCUGGUUGUUUUAUUAAUGUUCAUUUAGUUCAUUUGGUAUUGAUCUUAGAAAAAUUCCAAAUGUUAUUUGAAAUCAGCAAAAUCAUAAAUUAAUGGUUAUAGAUAAUAAUAGAAUGGUUUAGGUAUGAGAAUUUCUCCUAGUCUGAAUAGUUGGAAGCUUUUAACUUGGUAAUCAUUUUAUAUACUAAUUAUAUUUCAUCUUUCCCUUAGUAUCUACCCCUUCUCCAGAAAGUAGACACACUCUUUGCUUAGGAACUCAAUCCCCCAUGAUUUCACAGCUUUAUUUUUGGUAAGCCAGAAAUAAUUUAUGAAACACUUGUUAUGGAGUGGACCAAUUAUACAACACCAAGCAUAACACAAAAUUAUUCUUUUCCUAAGUAGUCAUAGCUGGGCCAGAACUAGGGUGAGGCAGGAGAGAUGCCUAGGAUGUAAAAUUUAAAGAGGCAAAAGUUAAAACUCCUUUUUAAGCCUGACCUUGCACUUGCAUGACCCUGAGAGUGAGUGUCUCUUUAAACUUGACACUAGGCUAUCUCUCUUGCCUCACCCUAGUUCCAGGCUCUGAUUGGUAGCACCUAAUUAUGUCUUUUUGCUAUUUUGGUGAAUCCAAAAUGGUUUUCUAAAUAGAAUAUUAUUAUAGCUUUGUUUUUAAUAUACAUUGAAACAAAUAUUGUAUUCUGAAUUUAGGAGAGUACAUUUUCAAGAGUUUCCAGAUUGAUCAAUAUAGAGCUAAUUAUAUCAGCACUAAAACCCAGAUUCCUUUGAGAUCCUUCCCCUGGAGUAUAGUAAACACUUCCAAGGCAGGGCCCAUAUCUUACUCUUUUUAUGAUCUAGUACCUUUUUUAGUGUCUGGUCUGGUCCAGAGACUGUUCUAAGAGAUAGUAAAUGAUGGAUGGACCUAGAGACUAUCAUACAGAAUGAAGUGAGUCAGAAAGAGAAAAACAAAUAUCAUAUAUUAACACAUAUGCGGAAUAUAAAAAAAUGGUACAAAUCAACGUGUUUGCAAGGCAGAAAUAGAGACACAGAUGUAGAGAACAACCGUAUGGACACCAAGUGGGGAAAUCGGGGAGGGUUGGGGGAGAAUGAAUUGGGAGAUUGGGAUUGCCAUAUAUACAUUACUAAUAAGAAAAAAAAUACCAAAUUGUACACUCUAAAUAUAUGCAGUUUAUUGUAUGUUAACUGUAUCUCAAUAAAAGUUCUUAAAAAAAAGAGAGAGAUAGUAAAUGCUUGAGUGAAUCUUGCAUAAACAAUGAAAAAUCCAUCUACAUUCUAAGAAUUUGACUUCCGAAAUUCUGUUACAUGUUUUCCUCAGGUGAAAAUAGUGUGAUUG